UCCCCUUUCUCCACUGUCCUUGAGCUUGUUGAGCCUCCACCUCUUUCUUGGAUCUGGUCUCGUCAUUUAAUUCUUUGUUGUUGAAAAUAUCAAUGGCUGCAUCAGUGGAGGAGAUCAGAAUGGCUCAAAGAGCUCAAGGUCCGGCCACCAUCCUCGCCAUUGGCACUGCCACUCCCUCUAACUAUUUCAUCCAGGCUGAUUACCCUGAUUUUUACUUUAGGGUCACUAGAAGCGAGCACAUGACCAACUUGAAAGAAAAGUUCAAGCGAAUCUGUGACAAAUCUAUGAUUAAAAAACGUUACAUGCAUUUAAAUGAAGAAAUCUUGAAAGAGAAUUCCAAUAUGUGUGCAUAUUGGGAACCAUCCCUUGAUGCUCGUCAAGACAUUGCAGUGGUCGAGGUUCCAAAGCUGGGGAAGGAAGCGGCAAUUAAGGCUAUCGAAGAAUGGGGCCAACCCAAGUCCAAGAUCACCCACCUUAUUUUUUGCACAACUGCUGGUGUUGACAUGCCUGGUUGUGACUACCAGCUCACUAAGCUGCUCGGUCUUCAUCUCUCUGUCAAGCGAUAUAUGUUAUAUCAGCAAGGCUGCUUUGCCGGCGGGACGGUUCUCCGUCUGGCUAAGGACUUGGCUGAGAAUAAUAAGGGUGCUCGAGUUCUUGUUGUGUGCUCUGAGAUCACAACUAUGAUUUUUCGUGGUCCUUCUGAUACCCACUUGGAUUCUUUAGUGUGUCAAGCUCUUUUCGGGGAUGGAGCUGGAGCUUUAAUUGUUGGAUCUGAUCCUGAUGACACUAUCGAGCACCCACUAUUUCAACUCGUCUCAAGUGCACAAACUAUCAUUCCUAACUCUGAUGCUGCCCUUAAGUUACACGUACGUGAAGUGGGUCUCACCUUUCACUUGCUAAAAGAAGUUCCAGAGUUGAUUUCAAAAAAUAUAGAAAAACCCCUAGCGGAAUCAUUUAAUCCAAUAGGUAUCAGUGAUUGGAACUCCAUAUUCUGGAUAGUUCACCCAGGUGGUGCAGCAAUUCUCGACCAAAUUGAAAAGAAAUUGGAUUUGAAACCUGAAAAAAUGAGGGCGUCAAGGCAUGUUUUAAGCGAGUAUGGAAACCUAACAAGUGCUUGUGUGUUAUUUAUUCUGGACGAGAUGAGAAAAAAGUCUUUUGAGGAAGGCAAGGUCACCACCGGAGAAGGAGUGGAGUGGGGUGUGUUGUUUGGGUUUGGCCCUGGUCUAACGGUGGAGACGAUUGUGCUACAUAGCGUCCCAACUGGAGCAAAGAAAUAAAUUAUUCACCAGAGAUGGGAAUAAGAAUAAGAGUCAGAUUUUAUUUCCAUAUUUAAGUUAUUGUAAGGUCUGUGUGAAGAGUCUAGUUUAUUUUCAGAUGUGGCAUAUGCAUGAAGAAUGGAAUUUGAAGCAUAAAUAUUUGAACCAAAACCCAACUUUAUGAUGUGGGCAUGAAU